GAACGAGAAAGUGAUCUGUAUGCACGUGUGACACGCACUAUCGGGCACUAUCGCGUAACAAAGAUUUCUCCGAAGAAUGUUUAUAUUGUACUUUACUUUUGUUAGCUUGGAUGCUUCAAAUGUACAAUCUCGCGUCUUCAAAAUAUAAUAAUUCUCAGACACUGUUGAAGAAUAAUUGUCUAGCCAAGAGGUCCUCUUAUAAAUGUCCUCCUUUUCUCUCGUUUUCUCACGCAGGAACAUUUUAUAUUCAACUAUAUGGUAUACAAUUUUGCUGCUAUAUAUUGACCGCAGGGAGCUUAUACCGAAGAGAUCUUUAAGGAGGAAAGUGUAUCCAAAAUUGCACAUGUAUGGGCUUGUGAGUUAUGCGAAGCAAUUGAUACUAUUAAGGUUCAUUGGUCAUAUGAAGUUUGCACACGUCAAACUUGACAUCCUAAAGAUCACAAUGCAUUCUGAAAACGAUACUGUGCAGGUUCGUUGGCGUAUACGUGGUGUCACAGGCUGGAAGAUGGUACGACGGCUUUUUUAUUUCUUACGUUAAUGCUGAAUGGAAAAGUCUAUAAGCAUAUUGCGGACAAGAUGAUGCUUAAUCAGGAUACAGCCACGAAAAAGAAAGACAUACGCAUGGCAGGGAAAUUAACGCUAUUCACAGGCCUUGUAAGCAUAUUUAGUAACAACGAAGAUUCUUUGAAUUGAGCUCUGUCUUAAAAUCGCAUCAAUUGAAGUGAAUCCACUGCUGAGUGCUGAAAUUAUACGAUUUUAUCCGUCACAACGAAUAGACCAAGAAGAAUGCUUUUUCCAGUCGAUGGUUUCGAAUGUUGCUGCCGUAUCUAUUUCGUUGCAAAUGCAUCAUUAUGAAAUGAUGAUCGGUAGUAAAUGAGAGAUAUGUGAAUUAAAAAAAUGUGUACAUUAACUAAACAGUAUCUUUGUAUGAUUACAAACUAUCUUCAUCUAAUUUUUUAGUGACAAUGUUCGAAUAAUUUGCGUUAGUAUUUCUGUGUAAAAAAAUAUGACGAUUAUAUUACAGUAUAUCUGACGAUUUUAACAUAAUUAUAGAAGUAGGGUGUCUAAAUUGUUAUCGUUCCAUCCAUAUGCAGCUUUUAUACUAUUCGGAUAGUAUCGAUAUUUUAUGCUGCUUAGAAACAAGUAAAAAGUAUUUUAAGACACUUGUAUCGUUUCCAGAAUAUAAAAACUUGUGUUUAGAUUACAGAUAUACGUUUUGGGUACUGACGUAUCUAUUUCGUUGCAAAUGUAUCAUUAUGAAAUGAUGAUCGGUAGUAAAUGAAAAAUA